UUUAACGCUUAACCUAACUUUCUAUCAUGGAAUAUGAAAACUUUUUUAACUUUAAUUGUAAUUGUUUCAUUAAAAUACCGCGAAAUUUUUGUUUACAGUUGGCGAAAUUUCUGUAUUGAAAACAAUUUUUUUUUGUGUUAUGAAACAAAAUAAAGUAUGGAACGUAUGCAUCGAAUUUAUUGCUAUCAUUUUCGUUUAGUUAGCGAAAUUGUUUGAACAUGAUUUUUUUAUCUUAUGAAGAAAAUUAAAGUAUGGAAUCAUGGAGGACAGUCUUUCUCUCAGCCCUCCUUUAUCAGAUGAAUCCGAUUGUGAGGAAGAAAUAUUAUCUUUAAAAGAUGUGCCAUAUUUUUCUUGUCAGGAAUCCUCUUAUUUAAAAAGUAAAUUGUUUGGCCAGUUUAUAACUUUAAGCUUAGACGAGCACGAGGAACGUGUUAUUCUUCUAUUUGGAAAAUGUUAUUCUUCUACUUCAGUUCUGUGGCAUAACGCACAUUUGUUGUUUGAUGACAUUGUGAAAAAUUGUUUCUACAUUAGAGCUUUGACUGUAGAAAAUGUAGAUUGUCUGCAGUCUGGAGAUUCUUUGUCUUUGAUUCAAAAUCUUAGAAAAGAUAUUUGUGGUGCAUUUUCAUUUUUAUUUAAAUCCCUACAGACAGUUUAUUAUGAAUCAACAUCAUUUGAUUCUAGUAUCCUUCAACAUUCUGAGGAACUUGCCAAAAAAGUAGAGUCUCUGACCACACUUAUUUCGCAAGUAAAAUCUCUGCUAUUAUCUGUUGGGCGAAUUACCGGUGUACCUUUUAUAAUACAAGUGAAAGACUUUCACGAAAAGAAUAAAAUUGCUCUUUAUCAGUAUCAUUAUUUUCAUAUGAUCCUGGAUGUAUGGUGGAGUUCAAGUGCUAUUCUUUAUUUAGUGUCUCUUUUACCUUUUGAGAUAAAUAAAAAGGAAAUAUUUUGCUGCAGCUUAGCUCAACUGGAACCAUAUUUACAAGUAAUUUCAUUGAUUAUUUCCGAUUUAGUUUGUUUGGCUUUAAAACAGCAUGAGAAUAUCAAUUCUUUUUCUGAUUACUCACCAUUUAAAUGCAGGUGCAUUCAGGAACUUUGGAUUAUGUGUAUUAUGAUGUUGGAUGAAAAAUCCAGUUCCACGAAUGAUUCAUUUUGGAGUAAUUAUAACAGAAUUAUUCAAGAUUUCUGUAAACGCUCUGGUGAACGAGAAGUGGUUCAAGAGUCAAUUUAUUCAUUUCCAUUAUUCGGUAUUGAAGUAGAACACCAAGAUGUCAUAAUUUUAUGUCUGUGGCUGACUUUGCAUGUAUCAAAUCUUUAUAAAUAUAAUAAGUGGGGGAAUUACGAAGAUUCAGUUGUUCCCAAGAGUGGAUAUGUCGUUGUAAAAAAUUUGAUAAAUUUAAUUAUAACAUCAAGUGAAAAAGAAAAAACUCUUAAAGAGGCUUUAUUUUAUAGUAUUCAAAUGGUUUCAAUUUGGGAACCAAGUUCUGAUGUUAUAUUACCUCUUACUGAUUAUUUUAUUAAGAAAAUUAAUGAAACUUUUCUUCCUAAGUCUGAUUUGAAUUAUCUUAGCUUUUUGCAUAGUAGUUCUUUGGAUUGGUAUAAGAAAAUACUUACGUAUGCUGCACCAGAUAUUUCGUCAAAUGAGUUAAGCAGCUAUGAUUUAUUUUUGAAAAUGUUAUUUAUCUUGUUGAGUAAAAGCUCAGAUGGCAAUAUUUGGCGCUCUCUCAAAGGUAGAAUUUAUAGCAAAUUUAUGUCCAAAAAGGUUAAAGAACUAACUGAAGUGGCUCUCCAAAAUAGUUGCACUUUAUUUUUAACAAUUGUUAAUGUUGGUAAAGAAGACAUUAUGAAGGAUGUUACAAGCAAAAUAUGUGAAAUAGUUUCAAUAACAGAGACAGUUGGUAAUGAUAAGAAACAAAUGAUUUCUUGGCGGGCCGUUUUUGUGUUGAUGCAAGUUUAUCAGGAUAAAAGGCACUCUCUUAGCUUAAUCAUCAGUAAAAUUUCCAAAUUUUUUAUUGAUGCCUGCUUAAGUUAUCAAAACAUUCAUAACGACACAAUGAAGAAAAAUUCAAUAAUGAAAUUAUUAAUGGUUUAUAUUGAUAGCAUGUCUGAUAUUUUUGAAAAUUGUCAGAAUUUAAGCUUGAAUGAAUCUGAACUUCUAAGUGUAGAUUUUUCAACGUUAUUGUUAUCUUGUGGGGUAGCUGAGCUUAACUAUAUCCUUAACGCAUUUUAUAACAUCUUAAAAAAAGUUCAGACUUCUGUGCCUAUUGGUUUAGAUAAUAGCAUUAAAAUACAAUAUGUUAACUUCUUGAAAUAUUUUUUGGCUAAUGUUAACCCCAGCAUUGAAAAACUUUUAACAAGUAAUACUCCUCCUCUGAUAAUAGCUGAAAUAUCAGCAUUGCUUGCUCAUUUGGGUUAUAAAUUUUCUACUUCUCUUGAUUCAUCGAUACAUGAUUAUAGUUCUAUGAUUGUAAAUUUUUUGGAGAGAGAUAAUGUCAAUGGUGAGAUGGUUUGUCGUUUCUUAUGUUUUAUACUUGAUGACGAAGAACUUGUGAGUGCUUUAAAAUCGAAUUAUGAUUUUAGUACAAUUGCUUUCCAGUCUUGGCUGAAAUGUGUUUUAUAUGUAACACCACCAUGUAAUCAAAUGGAUUUACUAACACUAAAGGUUCUUUUGCAAAGAGAAAUAUUAGAAUUGUUGCCUGAUACAGAAUGUUUAAAUUUUGAAGACGGCAAUUACGUUUAUUUAUGUAUUGCCUUUUUUCACGUUAUGGGAAACCAUUUUGAUAAUCUUAAAACGCUGCAAGAUAAAAAUACCCUGAAACUGAAAAUACAACAAUAUUUUAAAUUGUUUGUCCCAUCUGUUGUUAAUAGAAUUAAAAAACAGCAUGAUAUGUCAACACUUACCUAUUUGUAUAAAAUAAUAUCCCAUCUAGUCGAACACUGUUCUCAAUUGUUACAUUUAAGAUUUAACUCUUCCAGUUUUUUGCCUCAACUUCUCGAUCAAACUGUUUUCCCGCACUUGGUGUUUCCAAAAGAUAAGACUGCACAGUCAAUCAUGUCUUGUUCUAUUAAGGAUUACCUGCCCAACUUUUUGAGGGGACUUUUCAAACUUAACUAUUCAGAUGACAAGUGUAUUGAAAGAGAAAUUAAAAAUCUCAUUGUGACGUAUGUAGGGUCAUAUGUGCUUCCGAAUAAUCCGAUUGCAAACUUUUAUCUAGAUUAUAGCAUUGAUAAACCUGAGACAUUACCUUUUCUUUUGGAUGUUUUGAAAAUGAAUGUUUUAAAUAAACCUGGAACAAAAAAUGGAUUUUUAAUUUGUUUUGAAAUGAUUAAAAUUGCACCUCUAAAUCAGAAAAAAGGAAUUACUGAGGUUCUAUUAAAAUGUGCUUUUGAAAUAUAUAUGAAUCACACAGGGCCUUUCUCGGAUUUUUUGUUCAAAUUGAGUCGAGAAGUAUUUGUUUAUGUGAAAAAUGAAUUGACUGAUAGUGAGACUAGAACUUUUUUGAUGCCAGUAUUAGAAUGGUUCAUUCAAGAAAAACUUCAAUGGUCUGUUGUUAGGGGAUUUAGUAUUCUGAAUGAUGUAAUUUCUAACAUUCCAGAUUUGUUUGCUGAAUUAGUGCCUUGUUUAACCAAAACUAUCAUCGAGCUUGAAAAAGCUAGGGGUUCAGGUACAGAUAUUUUGCUGCGUGAAAGUUUACAGAAUUUUGUUAAUAAACGUAGUUUAUAGUUUUUAAAAAUUUUUUUAAAAAAUACAUUUCCUCUCACCUGUUAAUAAGUGAUAUUACUAAUUAUUAUAUGAUGUAUGCAACAAAUUUGAAAAUUUACAGGACAAUGGUCUGUUAGGGGAUUUAGUAUUCUGAAUGAUGUAAUUUCUAACAUUCCAGAUUUGUUUGCAGAAUUAGUACCUUGUUUAACUAAAACUAUCAUCAAGCUUGAAAAAGCUAAGGCUUCAGAUACAAAUAUUUUGCUGCGUGAAAGUUUACAGAAAUUUGUUAAUAAACAUAGUUUAUAGUUUUUAAAAUAUUUUUGUAAAUAUGUAUUUCCUCUCACCUAUUAAUAAGUGAUAUUACUAAUUAUUAUAUGAUGUAUGCAACAAAUUUGUUUUGAUGAUAUGAUGCAUGCAACAAAUUUGAAAAUUUACAGAACAAUGGUUUGUUAGGGGAUUUAGUAUUCUGAAUGAUGUAAUUUCUAACAUUCCAGAUUUGUUUGCUGAAUUAGUGCCUUGUUUAACCAAAACAAACAUCGAGCUUGUAAAAGCUAGGGGUUCAGGUACAGAUAUUUUGCUGCAUGAAAGUUUACAGAAUUUUGUUAAUAAGUGUAGUUUAUAGUUUUUAAAAUAUUUUUUAAAUAUAUAUUUCCUCUCACCUAUUAAUAAGUGAUAUUACUAAUUAUUGUAUAAUGCAUGCAACAAAUUUGAAAAUUUAUAAAAUUUUAUUAAUAAGUGUAUUUUGUAGUUUUUAAAAUAUUAAAUAUAUAUUAUCUAUUAAAUAUAUAUUAAUAAGAUAAUACUAAUCAUGAUAUGAUGUAUGCAUCAAAUUUGUUUUUUUAAAUUAAACUAUUUAGCAAACUGG